AUGUCUCGUCUAAGAACAAUUAGCCGAUUUCUAUCCAACCAGACUAAAUAUCCUACUCCCAUCUCUGUAUCUCGGGUUGGAUCUCAUUCAUUGAACCAACUACGAAAGAGUUCUUCUGCAACAGCCGUGGCAUCGGAGGCUGAAAUUGCCGCAGCACAAAAAAACUACAAGGUCGUCCAAGACACAGGCAAUUUUGACGAGAUCCAAGCCAAACGCCCAGACUUUGAUCAUUCUAAGCCCAUCACAGUCACAAAAUCCCCAAAUCCUAACUGGGAGUACGGGCAAGGAGUACCCGACAAUGGGGCCAGUCUGGCCCAAAAACAUCAUGAAAUCGACCCCUACGCCCCCGAUCGCCCGAUGAUCAACAACUACCGCCUUCUUGUCUCGGGAAUUGCGCCUCGACCAGUGGGAUUCCUGAGUACCGUCAAUACCAAGGGUGAAAAGAAUCUCUCCCCAUUUAGUUACUUCCAAGUCAUCGACCACGAUCCCCCAAUGUUCAUCGUGGGUUUCUCGUCUCGACCUGGUCGGGUCAAAGAUACCUACCGUAACCUCCGAGAAACUGGAGAAUGUGUGAUCAACACAGUCUCGGAGAACAUGAUCGAGGCAGUAAAUGCGAGCUCUAUCGAUGCUCCGUACGGAGUGUCAGAGUGGGAUAUCUCCGGUCUACAUGAGGCGCCAUCGAGUACUGUGAAGCCGUCCCGCGUUGCCGAGUCUGUGUUCAACAUUGAGGGAAAGGUUAUUGAUAUCAAGGAGUUCACGGAUCAUCAACAGCCUGGAAUGAGUCUUGCUGCUACUGUUCUCAUUAAGGCUACCCGGUUCUGGGUCAAAGAGGGCACUGUCAAUGAGGAUUAUAGUCACAUUGAUUUGGAGAAGUUGCGGCCCAUUGGUCAACUUGGUGGGAUGUCGUAUGGUCGUAUUGAGUCGACUUUUGAAUACCCGCGCAAAAGAUGGAGUGACGAGGUGCCCAAGAGUGAGGUCUUGGCUAAGCUAGAUGCUGCUAAGCCUGUUGGUAAAUGA